UCUUCGGGUUCCAAUCUCCGCUCCUAUUGGUGGACUUGCGAUGACGUUAGUGACUGCUUCGACCAAUGGCUACGGAGCCGGUCCGCAGGGCAGACGGAAGUAGUGCCGGCAAGGCGGCCCCGCAGUGCCGGCGCAGAGUGGUGCAGGCGAGCGGGGUCGUGGCUCCUGCGCCUUGGGUUCCCAGCCAAGAUGCCGCGCUUCGCCUUGACCAUCAUCCGCCAUGGCGAAACAAGAUUUAAUAAGGAGAAAAUCAUUCAAGGCCAAGGAGUAGACGAGCCCCUUUCCGAGACUGGGUUUAGGCAAGCAGCCACCACUGGUCGGUUUCUGAACAACGUGCAGUUUACACACGCUUUCUCCAGUGAUCUCACGAGGACUAAGCAGACCAUACAUGGCAUUUUGGAGCAAAGCAGAUUUUGCAAGGACAUGACUGUGAAGUAUGACUCCAGACUCCGAGAAAGGACCUUUACUGUUAUGUGUAAGCAGCACCUUUCUCUACCUGGACUAUUGCAGAAGUAUGGGGUCGUGGAGGGCAAGCCGCUAAGCGAGAUGCGGGCCAUGGCCAAAGCCGCUGGCGAAGAGUGUCCCAUGUUUACUCCACCCGGAGGAGAGACAUUAGAGCAGGUGAAAAUGCGUGCAAAGGAUUUCUUUGAUUUUAUUUGUCAGCUAAUCCUGGGCGAGACAGGCCCGAGAGAAGGCUGCUUCCCCGGAGCUCCAGGCAGCCGUCUGGAGAGCUGUUUGGUGGAGGCCUUCCCCGUAGGAAAACGUGGCAGUUUGGAGCUGUGUCCUGAUGGUGGCACCCCUGGCCUAGUAGCCAGCAUCUUAGUUGUGAGCCACGGAGCUUACAUGAGAAGCCUCUUUGGAUACCUUCUGAGUGACCUCAAAUGCUCAUUGCCAGCAACACUCGGCAAAUUGGAACUCUCGUCAGUCACUCCCAAUACUGGGAUUAGUGUCUUUUUCAUAGACUGUGAGGAAGGAUGUGAACCAGCAAUUCAGUGUAUUUGCAUGAACUUCCAUGAGCAUCUAAACGGAGUGACCGAAAAGCGUUAACCUACACUCUGAAGCCUCUGCAGGGAGUGCCUUGGACUGUUGCAAUGUGUCCUCUGCUCCUGCUGUUUUAGAAGCAGUUAAGAAUCCUUGUGAUAAAGACCGACUGGGGCCCUGGCUGUAUCAGAUGGUACCACUACCCAAACCCACCAAAAUCAACCUGGUUUUUUCUGAGUGCACUCGCCAUUUUCUACAGCAAUUUCACCACUCUGUUCCAUUAUGUUUCUUAAUUAUUAACGUAUGGGGACAUCCAGCACUGCACAUUAGGGGAUUGGUGGCCUUCUUCCCACAGUCUGUAGUUCAUCGAUCUUUUUGAUGUCUAGAUGACGGCGUUGACUUUGGAAGAUAACUGUAUGCUUGUUCAGUAGCGUAUCAAGUGCUGGCAGGAAAGAAUGGUUUGUAUAAUUCACUGUAUUUGCAGUGACUUUGUUGGAGUCCAGAGGCCUUUAAACUGAAACUUAUGUCUUCAGUGUGUGUAACAUGACAUGACAAAACACUAAAGCAUCUUUCAUAGAAAUCAGA